AUGCGUUUCACCGUUGUCCUGUCCGGCCUCUUUGCCGUCCUGGCUGCCGCCGCCGAGUCCGGCUCGCCCACUUCUGCUGCUCCGGCCUCUUCUGUCUCUCUCGACCCUGCCCAGCAGUCCCAGUACAACUGUCUCCACGCUUGCAAGACCGGCGAUGUCGACUGCCAGGCUCACUGCAUUGGUGUUCCUUCUCCCGACCAGUCUCAGGUCAACGCCACCACUGCCUGCGUUGCCAAGUGCCCUCAGGGUAACGGCAGCCCUGCCCAGACCAACACCUACAAGCUGUGCGUGGACAAGUGCAUCUCGGACCACUACUUUGUCACCUCCGAGGGCACUCCCUCUCAGACCGGUGCUGCUGGCGACCACGCUGCCUCCAACACCGGCACCGGCACUGACACCGCUGCUGCUCCCACUGGCUCCUCUUCUGGCUCUGACUCUUCCUCUGGCUCCUCUUCUGGAACUGGCACCAGGUCUGGCAGCCCUACCAGGACUGGCUCUGCUUCUACCUCAACCACUACCAACGCUGCUCCCGCCAUCAUCGCCUCUGGCGGUGCCCUGGCUGGUGUCAUUGCUGCCCUGUUGGCUCUGUAA